GCUUAUCGAUGGAUGCCUUUCGGAUUGUGCAAUGCUCCUGCCACUUUCCAAGGGUGUAUGAUGUCAAUUUUUUCGGACAUGGUGGAGAAGUAUUUAGAAGUCUUCAUGGAUGACUUCUCGGUUUUUGGGUCCUCAUUUGAUUCGUGUCUCCAAAAUCUCAAAAAAGUGCUUCAAAGAUGUCGUGAGACUAAUCUUGUGUUAAGUUGGGAAAAGAGCCAUUUCAUGGUUCAAGAAGGAAUCGUGCUCGGUUUUUAUCGCCGAUUCAUCAAAGACUUUAGCAAAAUUGCUAGACCCUUGUGUAACCUUCUUGCCAAGGAGACUCCAUUUGUCUUUGAUGAAGCAUGCCUAAAUGCUUUUCAUCAACUUCGCACUCUUCUAUCAUCCGCUCCUAUCAUGCAACCUCCAAAUUGGUCCUUACCAUUUGAGAUUAUGUGUGAUGCUUCCGACUUCGCAAUGGGUGCUGUUUUGGGGCAAAGGGUAGGUAAACUACCAUAUGCUAUAUACUAUGCGAGUAAGACUUUCUCAGGUGCCCAAUUGAACUAUUCUACCACCGAGAAAGAGUUACUUGCCGUAGUAUAUGCCCUUGAUAAAUUUCGGUCAUAUCUCUUAGGAUCCAAGGUAAUUGUGUUUUCCGAUCAUGCCGCUCUUAGGCAUCUUUUAAUGAAAAAGGAAACCAAACCUCGCUUGAUAAGAUGGAUUCUACUUCUUCAAGAAUUUGACUUUGAAAUCAAGGAUAAAAAGGGCUCCGACAAUGUCGUUGCCGAUCAUCUGUCUAGAUUAAUGGUUGAAUCUUCUCCAAAUCUUGAAAUUCAUGAAUCAUUUCCGGAUGAACAACUCUUUCAAAUCUCAAAUGGGACGUUGCCUUGGUUCGCCGACAUUGUUAACUAUCUUGCAACCAGCAAACUUCCCAUUAAUUACAUGAUGCCCUUAACUUCAAUCUUUGUAGUUGAAAUCUUCGAUGUAUGGGGCAUAGACUUUAUGGGACCAUUCCCAAUGUCUUAUGGCUUUCAAUAUAUCCUCGUUGCCGUUGAUUAUGUUUCAAAGUGGGUUGAGGCUUGUGCUACCAAAACGAAUGACCACUCCGUGGUAAUUGCAUUCGUUAAAUCAAAUAUCUUUGCUCGUUUUGGUAUGCCAAGGGCUAUGAUAAGUGAUGGAGGAAAACAUUUCUGUAAUCAAUUCUUGAAGCAACUUUUCUUGAAAUACUCCGUCACACAUAAAGUGGCCACUCCCUACCAUCCCCAAACAAGUGGGCAAGUCGAGGUGUCAAAUAGGGAAAUCAAGCAUAUUCUUGAGAAAACUGUCAAUCCAACCCGAAAAGAUUGGUCAAGAAAAUUGAACGAUGCUUUGUGGGCUUACCGGACAGCUUACAAGACUCCAAUAGGCAUGUCUCCAUAUAGACUUGUUUAUGGGAAGCCUUGUCAUCUUCCGGUUGAGCUAGAACACAAAGCACUUUGGGCAAUAAAAAGGCUCAACUUUGAUCUUGAUAAGGCUGGAAAGGACCGUUUACUCCAACUCAAUGAGCUAGAGGAAUUGAGAAAUGAUGCCUAUGAUAGUUCAAAAAUUUACAAGGUAAGGACAAAAGCAUUUCAUCGAUCAAGGCUGUUUCGGCCUUUAUUUUUCCGCCGUCAGAUCUGGGUCACGGCUAUUUCAUAUACCGACGAGACCCAGCAGCGGAUUCGCAGCUGGGUUCAUCUUUCCGGCGAUCUGUUUCGUCAUCCGAUGACGCGGUUGUUCGUUGCUUUCCUGCGUCGCAUCUGGGUUCGUCUUUCCGACGCCGUUUGCCGUUUUCUAGGUUCGUUAGCCGGUAAUUCCGGCUGGUGGGUUCGCGGCUCGUUAUUCUCCAGCGAGGUCGCGGCUGCAUCGGCAUCAUAUUCCAGCGAUCUCGGCUUCAUCGGCGUCCCUUUUCUCCCAGCGAUCGCGGCUGGUUUACGGCUGCAUCGGCGGCUUUUCUCCGGCGAUUUCGACUGGGUUUUCCUUCGGCCGCCGCGAGCUUGUGACUCGACGUUUUCCCCAGCGAUUCCGGCGGCUGGUUCAUCAAACGGCGUCGCGGCUGGGUUCGUCGUCGAUUACAGCUUCGCAGUUCUCCGUCGUCGCUGCUGGGUCUCGCCGGCGAUUCUUGGACUGGGUUUACCCAGUUCUGCCGGUUGUCUUCUCCGGCAAGCUUGUGAUGUUAAUUAA